CAGCGGGGCCGGGGCGGGGGCGCGCGGGGCCGCCGCCACCGGGGGCCGCGGCGGGGGCGCGCGGCGCGUACCGGGGCGCGCAUCUCCGGUCCGGCCCCGGCGUGAGCGCGCCCCGGGGGAGGAGGAGGAGGAUGAGGAAGGGGUGCCGCGCCCGGCACGGGGAGCGGGGAGGUUCCCCGCCGGGAUGUCACCCUCUCCGCGGAGGCACAGGGCAGGGACGCGACGCGGGCAGCGGGGCCCAGGCCGUAGCCGGUGGCAGCGGGGCGGCCCGGGGCUACCGGCGGGGCCCGGCUCGGCGGCCGCUCCGCUCUCCGCCCGGCGCGAGUGUCUCCAGCCCGGCCUCGCUCCUCCCCCAGCCCGCACGUCCCCGGCAGCCCCGCUCCCCCCGCACGCCCCAGCUGCGAACGCCCCCGGUCCGCGGCGCCGCCAGCCUGCCCUGCACCGCUUCCCGGUGUUUCUCCGGCCGUCAUCCCGGGGCUCGACCCACGGCCCUUCCUGCACGGGCCCCCACCCCGGCGGUCCCCCCCCAGCGAUGGGCAGCGGGACCCCGGCAGCCCCGUCCCCCCGCCGCCCGCGCGCCCGCGGGCCAGAGGAGACGGCGCCGGGCACGGCCCGGGGAGAUGCCCUCGGCGGCCCUGACAGCAUCGGGUCCUCCCUGACCCUGCCGCCGCCCUGA